AUGACAAGACUUUUCAGGAAUGGAACCCGACAAGAACUCGUCGAGGCUCGAGGAAAAAUCAGUGGACUCUGCGAACGACCGACGAAGAUUGGUGCUGCUUUGAAAGCCGGGAUAGAUUCCAAAGUCGCCGAAAUGUCAAGGACCUUUUCCGCGUUGAAAGCCGAUUUCGAGAAGGAGUUGAACGAAACGAGGAAAGAAAAUGCCGAGGUCGAGAGGAAAUUGAGGUCCGAAAGCAUGGAGCUAAAGGCCGAGUUAGCAACGAAAAUAACCGAAUUGAGGGCUCAAAUACAAUCUGAAAGGGAAAACAAAACGGCCGAAAUCGCGAAGUUGCAGGCAGAUUUAGAUCGAAUGAUGAUUUGGGUCUUGGAUCUGGAUGGCUGGUUGUAUUUGGAAGAAACCGCUUCUUGGUACAAGGUUUGGUGGAUGUUG